CUUUUACUUACAGUUUGACACUUAAACAAAUUAUCGUUUAAUAUUUCUCAGACCGGAAUAAAUUCUUAAUUCGUGAUUUUAGAAAUCGAUAAUUAUCUAUAAAAUAUGGUAGCGUCUGUAAUAAACACCUACGCGGAUCCAUGCAUCCCAGAAUGGAUGAGUGCACCACAUAGUACCGGUACAUCCAUCAUGGCUUGUGAGUUCAGCGGCGGUGUUAUCAUUGGCGCUGACUCCAGAACUACCACAGGCGCUUACAUUGCCAACAGAGUUACGGACAAGCUGACAAGAAUUACGGACCAUAUUUAUUGUUGCCGAUCGGGUUCCGCCGCCGACACGCAAGCCAUUGCCGAUAUUGUUACAUACCAUUUGAAUUUCCAUAAGAUGGAACUGGGCGAGCCUCCUCUGGUGCAAACUGCUGCAUCCAUAUUCCGGGAGCUCUGCUACAACUACCGUGAUUCACUUGUGGCUGGAAUCCUGGUAGCUGGAUGGGAUAAGAAGAAAGGCGGACAAAUCUACUCAGUGCCUAUUGGUGGUAUGGUACAACGACAAGCAGUAUCUAUAGGUGGCUCUGGAUCCAGCUAUGUGUAUGGAUAUGUUGAUGCCAAUUUCAAGCCUAACAUGACCAAGGAGGAAGCGGUUAAAUUUGUAACAAACACUCUGACAUUGGCCAUGCUCCGUGACGGGUCAUCUGGAGGUGUUGUAAGACUGGGCGUCAUAACUGAGGCUGGUGUAGAGAGAUCAGUAAUCCUAGGUGAUCAACUUCCUAAAUUUUAUGAGGGUUAAUAUUGUAUUUUGCAAGUAUAUAAGAUAAUAAAUAUUUUCAAUUCUUUAACAAGUUUUCAUUUAAUAUUAAUGUAACAAUCCCUUUUUAUUUUAUUUCUCUAGUUCAUUCUUGCGCUACCUAC